GGUCAAUUGUGGUUCGAAGGACAAGUGGUUCACGAAUUUGACCAAAUAUUGUAAUGGAGAAUUCGGACGAUGAUUCUACAUCGGACGAGGAGUAUGUUCCUCCAGUCAAAGCAUCAAGGAUUGAGGGAGACUCUGAAAGUGAAUACAGUGAAGAUACAGAGUCGGAAAACGCAAUUACCGAUGAUGGUAAUGGUGUUUGUAAUGUGAAUCUUUCGUUAGAUAGCUCUGUCAAGAAAUCAAGUAAAAGGAUGCCAGCAAAAAGGAAGUCGAGAAAUGUAUCCAAGAUUUCUGAUUCUCUUCAAGCCCCUUCUGCUGAAGACAUUAAGGCACAUGAAGACAAAGUAUGGGAGGAGUUUUUGAAGUCGGAAGCAGCAAGCAAAUCAGAUGUCGAUAAAAAAGUGAAUGUUGUCAGGAAGUAUCAGUUUGCCGGAGAGGAAGUUGAGGUAACAGAAACUAUCUCUAAGACAGCUAGUGUAACCAAGAACUCAAACAUUUCACUGAACCAGAAUAAUACUGCAAAGACAGAGCCGCCAAAACCAAAAGCACCUUCAAUAGGAGUUGGUUUAUCUGCUGCUCUUCAAAAUCUAAAGUCCACGAUCAAUAAACUGCCGAAACUGUCGACAUUAGAAAAAUCACGUCUCGACUGGAAACAAUAUGUACAGAAGGAGUCUUUAGAAGAUGAUCUCAAAGCACAUAACAAAGGGAAGGAAGGGUAUUUAGAAAGGCAGGCGUUUGUCCACAGAACAAGUGAACGUGAACAUCAGUAUCAUCAGGAACUAAAGAAACCUACAUCAAGUCGGAGGAUAUAAAUAUGGUAUAAGCGAAGUCCCUGGUUAAAUUGAUCCCUUUGGAUCACGGAUGUUAAGAAAUAUCUGAGGACUUAUUACUAUUGCGAAUAAAGAUAUGAUUUUCAGUAUCAGUGCAUUGAACUUCAUGUUUCUUCGUUGUUUUUAUGUAAAGUGAAGGACUGUGAUUAAAGAGUAAUACGAAAUAAAUGCCUGUUUUUGACUACAGUAA